AGUGCUGAGUUGUUUGUGAUUCCUAAACGCUUAAAGCUUAGUGAUUGUGCAUAAUGACAUCUGAGAGAUACAGUUUUUCGUUAACCACUUUUAGCCCUUCGGGGAAAUUAGUGCAAAUUGAAUAUGCUCUCGCUGCAGUGGCGGCUGGGGCCCCAUCAGUUGCCAUAAAAGCAAGCAAUGGGGUGGUUUUAGCAACAGAAAAUAAGCAUAAGUCGGUACUAUAUGAAGAGAAUACUAUUCACAAAAUUGAAGAAAUAUCUAAGUACAUCGGUAUGGUGUAUUCUGGUUUAGGCCCCGAUUACAGAUUAUUGGUUAAAAAGGCACGGAGAAUGGCCCAGCAAUAUUAUUUGGCGAAUGGGGAGCACAUACCGACUGUGCAAUUGGUGCAGCGAAUAUCUACUGUAAUGCAAGAAUAUACUCAUUCAGGAGGAGUUCGACCUUUUGGAGUAUCACUCCUAAUUUGUGGUUGGGAUGAUGGAAAACCUUACGUUUUUCAGUGUGAUCCAUCAGGAUCAUAUUUUGCUUGGAAAUCUACAGCAAUGGGCAAAAAUCACAUUAAUGGAAAAACAUUUUUAGAGAAACGUUAUAGUUCUGAUUUAGAAUUAGAUGAUGCUGUCCACACUGCCAUUUUGACAUUAAAAGAAGGUUUUGAAGGCAAAAUGACAGAAGAAAAUAUUGAGAUUGGUAUUAGUAAUGAAAAUGGAUUUAUGAGGUUAGAUGCUUCUACAGUGAAAGAUUAUUUGGCAAACAUCCCUAGUUAGAAAAAUUUACAAUAUCAAACAUUAUCUUAUUCUAAUGUUAUUUGAUACAUAAU